AUGGAUGAGAUGUUCAUGUUUGUACCUCGUCCUCCUGUCCCUACUCAGGUGCUGGACAAGAUGUUGGCCGCAGCUGCAUCCUUGUCUCGAUUGGUGGCAAAAAUGUUAUGCUUGAUUGUGGGAUGCACAUGGGUUUCAAUGAUGAUGUAAGUAGCUUCAUGAUUCUCAAUGUCACUGUCCCAUUAUGCUAUUCCGAUAAUCUUUUGGUAUUUUUGAUGUUCCAUUAUUGUGCCAUUGUUGUCUUUCCAGAGACGAUUCCCAGAUUUCUCCUACAUAACACAACAAGGACGCCUGACAGAAUUCUUGGACUGUGUGAUUAUCAGGUUUGUGGUCUUUACGGCACUUAGCUAUACCUAGGUACUACUCUUUUGCAAGAGAAACAACAUCAGACACACACAGAAAGAGCUUUCUCCCUCUCAAGGGCAUUCUAUCUUUGAUCUUUUAAUUGAUUUAUCUUCUGUCUUUUAAUUGAUUAAUCAUACUAACUCUCCUCCUAGUCAUUUCCACCUGGACCACUGUGGUGCUCUGCCAUACAUGAGUGAAAUGGUGGGCUACGAUGGGCCCAUCUACAUGACCCACCCCACCAAGGCCAUCUGCCCCAUCCUACUGGAGGACUUCAGGAAGAUCACCGUGGACAAGAAGGGUGAGACCAACUUCUUCACAUCCCAGAUGAUCAAGGACUGCAUGAAGAAAGUAGUCCCUUUGAACCUCCACCAGACCGUCCAGGUAUACAGUCCUGAAAUACCUUUUAAUUGCUAAUGUCUGGUAUUAGAAGUACUCCAAGGGUAGCCUGGUUCCAGAUCUAUUUGUGCUAUCUUGCCAACUCCCAUGGUCGUUGUUUGGUAUGACAAUUUUAAUUUGACCAUAGCAGUCGGCAAGACAGAACAAACAGACCUGGGAGCAGGCUACUCCAAGGGUAUAACAUAAAAUUCAUUACUAUCUCCAUAAUGGCCAAGAAACCACAUUUGAGGUAGUAUUGCUGUAUGGAAUGAUGUAUUAAGUUGAUUCUGUCAUGGUGUCUUAGGUGGACGAUGAGCUGGAGAUCAAGGCUUACUAUGCAGGCCACGUCCUGGGAGCUGCUAUGGUGCAGAUCAAAGUAGGAUCAGAGUCAGUGGUCUACACUGUGAGUAUUAGCCUAUUAAGAGAACUGGGCUUAUUAUUGAUCAGUGCAUGAAUCAUGCGAUUGCCUUGAAGUAACUUAUCCUUAAUUGCAUUUGCAGGGUGACUAUAACAUGACGCCAGACAGACAUUUAGGGUAAGUGGUAAAUUAUCUUGUGUUGUGUGUAAUAGUCCCGUGUAGCUCAGUUGGUAGAGCAUGGCGCUUGCAACGCCAGGGUUGUGGGUUCGAUUCCCACGGGGGUACCAGUAUGAAAAUGUAUGCACUCACUAACUGUAAGUCGCUCUGGAUAAGAGCGUCUGCUAAAUGACUAAAAUGUAAAAAAUUUAAUAGGGGUGUGAACGUUAAAACGUUUAAACGAAGUUGGGAUCCUUAACGUUAAGAAAAAUCCCUAACAUAAUUAAAAUCAGUGCAGUUAUCACAAAACAUAUUAUUUUAUGAACUAGACAAUAGGCUAUAAAGGCCUGGGUAAAGCUGUGUAAUUUAUACUGAACAAAAAUAUAAAUGCAACAUGUAAAGUGUUGGUCCCAUGUUUCAUGAACCGAAAUAAAAGAUCCCAAAGAAAUUUCAGGCGCACAAAAAGCCUAUUUCUCUAAAAUGUUGUGCACAAAUGUAUUUACAUGCUGGUUAGUGAGCAUUUCUCCUUUCCCCAAAAAAAUUAAUUCACCUGACGGGUGUGGCAUAUCAAGAAGCUGAUUAAAUUGUGCUGGGGACAAUAAAAGGCCACUCUAAAAUAUGCAGUUUUGUCAAACAACACAAUGCCAACAGAUGUCUCAAGUUUUGAGGGAGCGUGCAAUUGGCAUGCUGACUGCAGGAAUGUCCACCAGAGCUGUUGCGAGAGAAUUGAAUGUUAAUUUCUCUACCAUAAGCCGUUUUAGAGAAUUUGGCAGUGCAUCCAACCGGCCUCACAACCGCAGACCACGUGUAACCAUGCCAGCCCAGGACCUCCACAUCCGGCUUCUUCACCGGCAGGAUCGUCUGAGACCAGCCACCCGGACAGCUGAUGAAGCUGGGUUUGCACAACCCAAGAACUCUGCACAAACUGUCAGAAACUGUCUCAGGGAAGCUCAUCUGUGUGCUCGUCGUCCUCACCAGUGUCUUGACCUGACUGCAGUUUGGCGUUGUAACCGACAUCAGUUGGCAAAUGCUCAUCUUCGAUGGCCACUGGCAUGCUGGAUAAGUGUGCUCUUCACGGAUAAAUCCUGGUUUCAGCUGUACCGGGCAGACGUGUGGGCGAGCGGUUUGCUGAUGUCAACAUUGUGAACAGAGUGCCCCAUGUUGGCGGUGUGGUUAUGGUAUGGGCAGGCAUAAGCUACGGACAACGAGCACAAUUCCAUUUUAUCGAUGGAAAUUUGAAUUCACAGAGAUACUGUGACGAGAUCCUGAGGUCCAUUGUCGUGCCAACUCUGUGUAAAGGAGAUGUGUCGCGCUGCAUGAGGCAAAUGGUGGUCACACCAGAUACUGACUGGUUUUCUGAUCUACGCCCUUACCUUUUUUUGUUAAAGUUAUCUUUGACCAACAGAUGCAUAUCUAUAUUCCCAGUCAUGUGGUGAAAUCCAUAGAUUAGGGCCUAAUGAAUUUAAUUUGAUUGACUGAUUUCCUUAUAUGAACUGUAAUUCAGUAAAAUCGUUGAAAUUGUUGCAUGUUAUGUUUUUGUUCGGUAUAGAUUUAUUCAACACACUGGGUGUUGCAGCUGCAAAAGCACACAUACAAUUCACACAAGCAUAUGUUUACACCUUCCGAUUAGGCGGAGUUCUUGUAUUUCUAGGAUAAACAAUCAGUCUCUGUUGCUAGGCAAGAACUGAGUCUGUUCCUCCUAUUGAUGUGAUUGUGGAUCCAGAACCUUCAUGGGCAGGGAUGAGUGUGUGUUUGAUAAGACACAUUAGGAAUGUGACCAAAAUAGCUUUUUACCACAUGAGGAACAUUGCCAAGGUGCAAACGUUUCUAUCUCAGGCUGAUACAGAGGGACUCAUCCAUGCGCUUAUUACAAGCAGGCUUGACUACUGUAAUGCUCUCCUGUCUGGUCUACCCAAGAAAGCCAUUGGUCAACUGCAAAACAUACAGAAUGCUGCAGCACGGGUACUGACCAGACAGAGAGCACACAUUACACCGGUUUUAAAGUCUCUGCACUAGCUGCCUGUGAGAAUACAUUUAAAGAUUCUUCUAUUGGUUUUUAAAUCAAUCCACGAUUGUGCACCCCAAUACAUAUCAGACAUGCUUUUGAGUUAUGUACCCAGUAGGUCCCUCAAGUUCUCUGGCACUGGCCUUUUAACUAUCCCAAAGCCUAGGACAAAGAGGCAUGGAGAGGCAGCCUUUAGUUACUAUGCCCCCAGACUCUGGAAUAGCCUGUCAGAGAACCUGAGUGGGGCCGAAACUGUGGACAUAUUUAAAAGAGAUCUUAAAACACAAUUUUUUAGCUCUGCUUUUCCUCAGGGUGCUUUUUAGUCUUUUAGUUUUUAUUGUUAUUCUUUUGUUUUUUAUCCUCUUAUGUUUGUUGUGUAGUAAAUAUUUCAGUUUUUAUUGUUUUUAUUAGUUUUUUCCUGUGCAUUGCAUUGCAUUCAUGUCUGAAAUGUGCUACAGUGGGGAAAAAAUGUAUUUAGUCAGCCACCAAUUGUGCAAGUUCUCCCACUUAAAAAGAUGAGAGAGGCCUGUCAUUUUCAUCAUAGGUACACGUCAACUAUGACAGACAAAUUGAGAAAAAAAAAUCCAGAAAAUCACAUUGUAGGAUUUUUAAUGAAUUUAUUUGCAAAUUAUGGUGGAAAAUAAGUAUUUGGUCACCUACAAACAAGCAAGAUUUCUGGCUCUCACAGACCUGUAACUUAUUCUUUAAGAGGCUCCUCUGUCCUCCACUCGUUACCUGUAUUAAUGGCACCUGUUUGAACUUGUUAUCAGUAUAAAAUACACCUGUCUUUAUCUCCUACAGAGUGAAAGGGAAUGUGGAGAAUAACGGAGUACUAAAAUGAUGAUUGGCUGCCUUCAUUAUCCAAUCACAGUUAAUUGGAGCAGUGUAGCCUCUAAUUCUUCUUAAAGGAAUAAUGAGUCAUGGUUUCACCUUUCAACUAUCAGAUGUCAAAACUGUUGUGUCGUACGGAAGUAUCCAAGUGCACCUUAGUGUGAAGGAUCAAGACAAGUCAUUGACUGUUCUCUCUGCUACCGCACGGCAAGUGCCUCAAUUACCUCGAUUACCUCGACUAACCUGUGCCCCCGCACAUUGACUCUGUACCAGUACCCUCUGUAUAUAGCCUCCCUACUGUUAUUUUAUUUUACUGCUGCUUUUUAAUUAUUUUGAUUUUUUACUUAACACUUAUUUGUCUUAAAACUGCAUUGUUGGUUAAGGGCUUGUAAGUAAGCAUUUCACUGUAAGGUCUACACCUGUUGUAUUCGGCGUAUGUUGCAAAUAUAAUUUGAUUUGAUUUGAUUUGCAUGCCAGAUGUUUGAAUAUACUCUACUACUCUGUUUUGCAUAACAGAGGGAAUCUCUCCAAGGAUGAUCAAUGGCUGGAACAGAGCAAAUGGAAUGGCAUUAAAUACAUGGAAACCAUGUGUUUGAUGUAUUUGAUAUCAUUCCACUAAUUCCGCUCCAGCCGUUACCACGAGCGUGUCCUCCCCAAUUAAGGUGCCACCAACCUCCUGUGCCUCAGACAGCCAACAGCAUCUAGCUAGGUGAAUGCUGUGUAAAACUUAAUGGGCUUACUGAGGAUGCUACAGAAUAUUAAUUUAGCUGUUCUAAUGGGAGGUGCUUUCCCACUGGGCACAGACGUCAGUUCAACGUAAAUUGUUUAUUCACAUUUGGUUGAGUUGUCAACCAACCAUAGCCGCGGGAAGUAGUUUGUGGGUGGGGGUGCUGCGAUUUCUUUUGGCCGAUGGGGGAUGCAGAAUUUUUUUGUUGUCGCCUGAGCUGAAGAUAUCUACACUGCUCAAAAAAAUAAAGGGAACACUUAAACAACACAACGUAACUCCAAGUCAAUCACACUUCUGUGAAAUCAAACUGUCCACUUAGGAAGCAACACUGAUUGACAAUACAUUUCACAUGCUGUUGUGCAAAUGGAAUAGACAACAGGUGGAAAUUAUAGGCAAUUAGCAAGACACCCCCAAUAAAGGACUGGUUUUGCAGGUGGUGACCACAGACCACUUCUCAGUUCCUAUGCUUCCUGGCUGUUGUUUUGGUCACUUUUGAAUGCUGGCAGUGCUUUCACUCUAGUGGUAGCAUGAGACGGAGUCUACAACCCACACAAGUGGCUCAGGUAGUGCAGCUCAUCCAGGAUGGCACAUCAAUGCGAGCUGUGGCAAGAAGGUUUGCUGUGUCUGUCAGCGUAGUGUCCAGAGCAUGGACGCGCUACCAGGAGACAGGCCAGUACAUCAGGAGACGUGGAGGAGGCUGUAGGAGGGCAACAACCCAGCAGCAGGACUGCUACCUCCGCCUUUGUGCAAGGAGGAGCAGGAGGAGCACUGCCAGAGCCCUGCAAAAUGACCUCCAGCAGGCCACAAAUGUGCAUGUGUCUGCUCAAACGGUCAGAAACAGACUCCAUGAGGGUGGUAUGAGGGCCCGACGUCCACAGGUGGGGGUUGUGCUUACAGCCCAACACCGUGCAGGACAUUUGGCAUUUGCCAGAGAACACCAAGAUUGGCAAAUUCGCCACUGGCGCCCUGUGCUCUUCACAGAUGAAAGCAGGUUCACACUGAGCAAGUGACAGACGUGACAGAGUCUGGAGACGCCUUGGAGAACGUUCUGCUGCCUGCAACAUCCUCCAGCAUGACCGGUUUGGCGGUGGGUCAGUCAUGGUGUGGGGUGGCAUUUCUUUGGGGGGCCGCACAGCCCUCCAUGUGCUCGCCAGAGGUAGCCUGACUGCCAUUAGGUACCGAGAUGAGAUCCUCAGACCCCUUGUGAGACCAUAUGCUGGUGCGGUUGGCCCUGGGUUCCUCCUAAUGCAAGACAAUGCUAGACCUCAUGUGGCUGGAGUGUGUCAGCAGUUCCUGCAAGAGGAAGGCAUUGAUGCUAUGGACUAGCCCACCCGUUCCCCAGACCUGAAUCCAAUUGAGAACAUCUGGGACAUCAUGUCUCGCUCCAUCCACCAACGCCACGUUGCACCACAGACUGUCCAGGAGUUGGCGGAUGCUUUAGUCCAGGUCUGGGAGGAGAUCCCUCAGGAGACCAUGCGCCACCUCAUCAGGAGCAUGCCCAGACGUUGUAGGGAGGUCAUACAGGCACGUGGAGGCCACACACACUACUGAGCCUCAUUUUGACUUGUUUUAAGGACAUUACAUCAAAGUUGGAUCAGCCUGUAGUGUGGUUUUCCACUUUAAUUUUGAGGGUGACUCCAAAUCCAGACCUCCAUGGGUUGAUACAUUUGAUUUCCAUUGAUAAUUUUUGUGUGAUUUUGUUGUCAGCACAUUCAACUAUGUCAAGAAAAAAGUAUUUAAUAAGAUUAUUUCAUUCAUUCAGAUCUAGGAUGUGUUAUUUUAGUGUUCCCUUUAUUUCUUUGAGCAGUGUAUAUCUGUCCAUUUAAUACAGGACUAGUAAAGGCCCAGUGCACUACGUUUGUGAAAAUAUUUGAACUAAAUGUGUUAUUUCAGUGUUUACCAGCAUUUGUAACUUGAGUCUGAUAAUUAACUGUACAAAACAGUUAAUCUGAUAACACUUGUGGAAUAUAAAAAUACUUGCUUGAUAUGUUUCCCAUUGUGAAAACUGAAAUUCAUACCAUUUCCAUUUUAGCAGACACUCUUAUCCAAAGCAACUUACAGUAGUGAGUGCAUACAUUUUCAUACUGGUCCCCCAUGGGAUUUGAACCCACAACCAUAGCAUUGCAAGCGCCAUGCUCUACCAACUGAGCCACAUCAACACAUCAUCACAAACCACUUGAUGUCUCAAUGUACUAAAUUACUGUUUUGUGCAUUGUUUUGUUUCACGUGAUAGAACAUCUACAGGUACAAACCUAGAUAACCACCCUAUGUACAAUACAGUAAUGUACAUUUACAUUAAGUGGUUUGUUAGGAUGGUAAAUUAAUGAUUAGGUGGCCAUGAUGGCAUGAGGGCCAGAUUAGGAAUUUAGCCAGGACACAGGGGUUAACACCCCUAAUCUUAGGAUAAGUGCCACGGGUUCUGUAGUGACCACAGAGAGUCAGCACUCACGUUUAACUUCCUAUCCGAAAGACGGCACCCUACACAGGACAAUGUCCCCUAUCAUUGCCCUGGGAUACUUUUUUAAACCAGAGGAAAGAGUGCCUCCUACUGGCCCUCCAACAGCAUCUGGUCUCCCAUCCAGGACCUACCCUGCUUAGCUUCAGAGGAAAGCCAGCAGUGGGAUGCAGGGUGGUAUGCUGCUGGUCCUUAAUUAUACAACUACCUUUUUUGCCAAAGCUGAUAUGCUGGAGAAAAAAAAUGCACGCUACAGACAUCUACUGUAUAUCGGUCCGCUAAUACUAGUAAAGGCCCAGUUGUAAAAAAAAAUAUUUUUUCAAAAAAAUUUUUUGUAUCAAUAUAUUUUUUAUUCUGAUUUGUCAGGGGUACUGCAGCACCCUCAGCACCCCUACUUACCACGGCUAUGCAACUAACGUGAAUUCAACAUGAAAUUAACAAACAAUUUCACCAUGACAUUGGCUUUAGGUUAAAAGUUUGGUGAAAAAAUACUCAAUUCCCUUAAGUUGAUGACUUUUUGCAAAUUCAAUCAGUUUUCCAUGUUGAUUCAAUGUCAUCACAUUUUUGCCCAGUGGGUUCUUUGUAGUGGUUCAUUAUUCAUCAUCACACAAUACAGUUAUUGUGAAAUUAUAAUGAUUAGAGAAAUACUUUACUACGAAGAUUCAGCAUCCGACUACAUUUGAGAAUAAACUGAGAGUGAACACCUUAUCAAUCAUUUAAAUGGUAAUGAUAGACAUCAUCACUCAUACACAUUGGGGUAUACAACAUUCUUAUAAGAUGUGUCAUGCCCUCGUGGCCUUUGUAGGUCAAGCUAGCAUGCUGCUGUUUCCUUUACCAAUGAAGUAUGAGACCAGCCAGAGGCACUUAGCCAACAUGCUAACAGCAGCCAUGAUUAAUUCAAUAGCCCCUGUUAACGUUGAUUACCAAGUCUUUCACCCCACUUCUCCCUCCCUCUGUUCUAUCUGCAGCGGAGGGCACUAGCUGGAGCAUUGGCUACAGGAGGCAAGCCAGCAGAGAGCCUUCCCUAUGAGCAAAAUAUGUUGAAAAUACGUAGUUUUGCUCACUGAGAUACAUCCAAGGCCAGCACCUAUAGGGACUAAAUGAAAACAUCAGGUUUAAAUGUUUUUUUACCCAGACAACGUUGGGAAUUGCUGGUAGUGUCUUUUGUGUGCACAUUUCACAUCUGGCUCUCUCAAUUCCUGGGUGCUGCAAUGUACUGACAUUAAGCUAUUUGUGUGUUAUCGAUCUACACUAUAUUUCUACCAACACUGUAAACUAGUACAAGGUAACGCCAAUCAAAUGUAAAAUAAAUAAGUAAUGUUGAAGAGAGUGGAUGAUAAAUGAUAAUUUAGUUAGAUCUCCAUGUACAGUGGGGAGAACAAGUAUUUGAUACACUGCCGAUUUUGCAGGUUUUCCUACUUACAAAGCAUGUAGAGGUCUGUAAUUUUUAUCAUUUUUAUCAACUGUGAGAGACAGAAUCUAAAACAAAAAUCCAGAAAAUCACAUUGUAUGAUUUUUAAGUAAUUAAUUUGCAUUUUAUUGCAUGACAUAAGUAUUUGAUCACUUACCAACCAGUAAGAAUUCCGGCUCUCACAGACCUGUUAGUUUUUCUUUAAGAAGCCCUCCUGUUCUCCACUCAUUACCUGUAUUAACUGCACCUGUUUGAACUUGUUACCUGUAUAAAAGACACCUGUCCACACACUCAAUCAAACAGACUCCAACCUCUCCACAAUGGCCAAGACCAAAGAGCUGUGUAAGGACAUCAGGGAUAAAAUUGUAGACCUGCACAAGGCUGGGAUGGGCUACAGGACAAUAGGCAAGCAGCUUGGUGAGACGGCAACAACUGUUGGUGCAAUUAUUAGAAGUUCAAGAUGACGGUCAAUCACCCUCGGUCUGGGGCUCCAUGCAAGAUCUCACCUCGUGGGGCAUCAAUGAUCAUGAGGAAGGUGAGGGAUCAGCCCAGAACUACACGGCAGGACCUGGUCAAUGACCUGAAGAGAGCUGGGACCACAGUCUCAAAGAAAACCAUUAGUAACACACUACGCGGUCAUGGAUUAAAAUCCUGCAGCGCACGCAAGGUCCCCCUGCUCAAACCAGGGCAUGUCCAGGCCCGUCUGAAGUUUGCCAAUUACCAUCUGGAUGACCCAGAGGAGGAAUGGGAGAAGGUCAUGUGGUCUGAUGAGACAAAAAUAGAGCUUUUUGGUCUAAACUCCACUCGCCGUGUUUGGAGGAAGAAGAAGGAUGAAUACAAUCCCAAGAACACCAUCCCAACCGUGAAGCAUGGAGGUGGAAACAUAAUUCUUUGGGGAUGCUUUUCUGCAAAGGGGACAGGACAACUGCACCGUAUUGAGGGGAGGAUGGAUGAGGCCAUGUAUCAUGAGAUCUUGGCCAACAACCUCCUUCCCUCAGUAAGAGCAUUGAAGAUGGGUCGUGGCUGAGUCUUCCAGCAUGACAACGACCCCGAAACACACAGCCAGCGCAACUAAGGAGUGGCUCCGUAAGAAGCAUCUCAAGGUCCUGGAGUGGCCUAGCCAGUCUCCAGACCUGAACCCAAUAGAAAAUCUUUGGAGGGAGCUGAAAGUCCGUAUUGCCCAGCGACAGCCCCGAAACCUGAACUAUCUGGAGAAGGUCUGUAUGGAGGAGUGGGCCAAAAUCCCUGCUGCAGUGUGUGCAAACCUGUUCAAGACCUACAGGAAACGUAUGAUCUCUGUAAUUGCAAACAAAGGUUUCUGUACCAAAUAUUAAGUUCUGCUUUUCUGAUGUAUCAAAUACUUAUGUCAUGCAAUAAAAUGCAAAUUAAUUACUUAAAAAUCAUACAAUGUGAUUUUCUGGAUUUUUGUUUUAGAUUCUGUCUUUCACAGUUGAAGUGUACCUAUGAUAACAAUUACAGACCUCUACAUGCUUUGUAAGUAGGAAAACCUGCAAAAUCGGCAGUGUAUCAAAUACUUGUUCUCCCCACUGUAAAUAAAGCUUGAUUUGAUCUACAGUUGGAGCAUGGUUAGGAUGUGGCCUUCAAGCCCCCCUCCCAGAGGUUUCUUCUCUCUUCAACUUUGUCCUCACCGCGAUGUUUAACUCCACUUCUCUCCCUGCCCUAGUUCAAAAGAUACUCGCCUGACCAGGAACUGAGACUCGACUGUGGCUCUUUACCUACUUCUUUAGAAAUAUUUAUAUACAGUGCCUCCAGAAAGUAUUCAGAACCCUUGACUUUUUCCACAUUUUGUUGUGUUACCGGCUGAAUUUUAAAUUGAUUACAUUGAGGUGUUUCACUGGCCUACACACAAUACCCCAUAAUGUCCAAGUGGAAUAAUGUUUUUAGAAACUUUUAUAAAUUAAUUAAAAAUGAAAAGCUUUAAUGUCUUGAGUCAAUAAGUAUUCAACACCUUAGUUAUGGCAAGCAUAAAUAAGUUCAGGAGAAAUGUUUUCCUUAAAACUGCAAUAUAUGUAACUUUUUGGGAGACCUGACAAAAUUCACAUUGAAAUGUAAGUUAGAGAUCUGGCAUUCUUAUUGAAAGCAAGUCUAAGAAGUGUUAGAUCUGUUCUAUGUGCGCUAUUUCUAUGAUCACGUUUCUAAGAGUCGUUUUUGCGUCUUUUACUUUCGGUUUUGUACACCAGCUUCAAACAGCUGAAAAUACAAUAUUUUUGCUUAUGGACAAGACAUUUCACAGCUGUUUAGAUGGUACAAUGAUUCUCUACACUAUACUUGCUUGUUUUGUCAUAUAAAGUGAAAUUAGGCAAACUAUUAGAAUUUUAGCAACCAGGAAAUGGUGGAGCAAUUUCUUCGUAGUGCAUCUUUAAAAGUGGCACAAUAAGUUGCAUGGACUCACUCAGUGUGCAAUAAUAGUGUUUAACAUGAUUUUGGAAUGACUACCGAAUGUCUGUACCCCACACAUCCAAUUAUCUGUAAGAGCCCUCAGUCGAGCAGUGAAUUUCAAGCACAGAUUCAACCACACAGACCAGGGAGGUUUUUCAAUGCCUCGUAAAGAAGGGCACCUAUUGGUAGAUGGGUAAAGAUAUUGAAUAUCCCUUUGAGCAUGGUGAAGUUAUUAGUUACACUUUGGAUGGUGUAUCAAUACACCCAGUCACUACAAAGAUACAGGCGUCCUUCCUAACUUAGUUGCCGGAGAGGAAGGAAACCGCUCAGGGAUUUCUCCAUGAGGCCAAUGGUGACUUUAAAACAGUUGCAGAGUUUAAUGGUUGUGAUAAGAGAAAACUGAGGAUGGAUCAACAACAUCGUAGUUACUCCACAAUACUAACCUACACUGAACAAAAAUAUAAACGCAACAUACAACAAUUUCAAAGAUUUUACUGAGUUACAGUUAAUAUAAGGAAAUUAGUCAAUUGAAAUAAAUAAAUGAAAGGUGAGCAUUUGCCCACUGAAGUCGGUUACGACGCCAAACUGCAGUCAGGUCAAGACCCUGGUGAGGACGACGAGCACGCAAAUGAGCUUCCCUGAGAAUGUUUCUGACAGUUUGUGCAGAAAUUCUUUGGUUGUGCAAACCCACAGUUUCAUCAGCUGUCUGUGUGGCUGGUCUCGGACGAUCCCGCAAGUGAAGAAGCCAGAUGUGGAGGUCCUGGGCUGGCGUGGUUACACGUGGUCUGCAGUUGUGAGUCCAGUUGGACGUACAGCCAAAUUCUCUAAAAUGACUUAGGAAGCGGUUUAUGGUAUAUAAAUGGACAUUCAAUUAUCUGGCAACAUCUUUGGUGGACAUUCCUGCAAUCCGCAUGCCAAUUGCACGCUCCCUCAACUUGAUACAUCUGUGGCAUUGAGUUAUGAGAAAAAACAGCACAUUUUACAGUGGCCUUUUAUUGUCCCCAGUACAAGGUGCACCUGUGUAAUGAUCGUGCUGUUUUAAUCAGCUUUUUGAUAUGCCACACCUGUCAGGUGGGUGGAUUAUCUUGGCAAAGGAGUCAUGCUCACUAACAGGGAUGUAAACAAAUUUGUGCAUAAAAUGUGAGAGAAAUAAGCUUUUUGUGCGAAUGGAAAAUUGAUAGGAUCUUUAUUUCCGCUCAUGAAACAUGGGACCAACACUUUCCAUGUUGUGUUUAUAUUUUUGUUCAGUAUAAAUGACAGAGUGAAAAGAAGGAAGCCUGUACAGAAUAAAAAAGAUCCAGAACAUGCAUCCAGUUUGCAAUAAGGCACUAAAGUAAAACUGCAAAGAAUGUGGCAAUGAAAUUAACUUUAUGUCCUGAGUACAAAGCGUUAUGUUUGGGGCAAAUCCAACACAAAACAUCACUGAGUAUCACUCUUCAUAUUUUCAAGCAUGUUGGUGGCUGUGUCAUGUUAGGGCUGUGCUUGUCAUCGGGAAUAUAGUUUUUUGGGAUAAAAAUAAACGGAAUAGAGCUAAGCACAGGCAAAAUCCUAGAGGAAAACCUGGUUGUCUGCUUACCAACAGACACUGGGAGACAAAUUCACCUAACCUAAAACCCAAGGCCAAAUAUACACUGGAGUAGCUUACCAAGAUGUCAUGGAAUGUUCCUGAGUGGCCUAGUUACAGUUUUGACUUCAAUCGGUUUGAAAAUCUAUGGCAAAACUUGAAAAUGGCUGUCUUGCAAUGAUCAACAACCAACUAGACAGAGCUUGAAUAAUUUUGUUAAGAAUGUGCAGAUAUUGUACAGCCUAUGGCCCAGAUUCACAAAACACUUCUUACGCAAAAACUUAACAAGCUUCUUAACAAAAAAAAUAAGAAGUUCAUAAGAUAGUUUGUAAGUGCAAUUCCUCAACAAUAUCUUAAGAUUUAAGGAUUUUCUUACAAACUUCUCAAAUAUCUUCUUAAUAUGUUGCUAGGCAACCGUUUUUGCUAGCUAUCUAGCUAGCAAUGGCAAUCAUGUUAGCAUAUUUCUUACUGAGAUUACUGUUCUAAAACAUGUUCUUGGGUUUAAAAUAAUCAAUACUGAAACUUUCAGAUGAAGUUUGUGUGAAUUGAACAUGUUUAGUUGCUUUCAUGAGCUUUUUCUCUCACUGCCCUGAGUUUAGCUAUCUUGGAAGUAAGAACAUUUCCAAUAACUUUAUUUUCAAGAAUCUAAUUUCUUCUUAACUUUUUGCUUAAGGAAAAACAUAAGAAAUAUCGCAAGAACAUUUUCGAGAACCUUUUUGAGGAAUAGCAACUUUGCUUAACUUUCUUCUUAAGUCUAUAGUUUAAGGAAAAAAUGGCAGUUAAGAAGACAUUUCUUCUUAAGAAGGUUUUGUGAAUCUGGGCCCAGGUGUGCAAAGCUUUUAGGGACUUACCCACAAAGACUCACAGCUGUAAUCGCUGCCAAAAGUGAUUCUAGCAUGUGUUGAAUCAGGGGUGUGAAGGCUUAUGUAAGUUAGAUAUUUCUCUAUUUCAUUUUCAAUAAAUUAGUAUUUUUUUCUUCUAAAAACAUGUUUUCACUUUGUCAUUGUGGGGUAUUGUGUGUAGACGGGUGCAGGAAAAAAUCUAUUUAAUCAAUUUUUAAUUCAGGCUGUAACAAAAUGUGAAAAGCAGUGCAUCCGGAAACUAUUCAGACCCCUUUUUCCACAUUUUGUUACGUUACAGCCUUAUUUUAAAAUUGAUUAAAUUGUUUUUUUCCUCAUCAAUCUACACACAAUACCCCAUAAUGACAAAGCAUAAACAGGUUUUUAGAAAUCUUUGCUAAAAAAUACUGAAAUAUCACAUUUACGUAAGUAUUCAGACCCAUUACUCAGUACUUUGUUGAAGCACCUUUAGCAGCGAUUACAGCCUUGAGUCUUGGUUAUGACGCUACAAGCUUGGCACACCUGUAUUUGGGGAGUUUCUCCCAUUGUUCUCUGCAGAUCCUCUCAAGCUCUGUCAGGUUGAAUGGGGAGUGUCGCUGCUCCAGAGAUGUUCGAUCGGGUUCAAGUCUGGGCUCUGGCUGGGCCACUCAAGGACAUUCAGAGACUUGUCCCGAAGCCACUGCUGCCUUGUCUUGGCUGUGUGCUUAGGGUCGUUGUCCUGUUGGAAGGUGAACCUUCGCCCCAAUAGGAGGUCCUGAGCGCUAUGGAGCAGGUUUUCAUCAAGGAUCUCUCUGUACUUUGCUCUGUUCAUCUUUCCCUCGAUCCAGACUAGUCUCCCAGUCCCUGCCACUGAAAAACAUCCCCACAGCAUGAUGCUGCCACCACCAUGCUUCAACGUACGGAUGGUGACACAUUUCCUCCAGACGUGACCCUUGGCAUUCAGGCCAAAGAGUUCAAUCUUGGUUUCAUCAGAUCAGAGAAUCUUGUUUCUCAUGGUCUUGAGAGUCCUUUAGGUACCUUUUGGCAAACUCCAAGCGGGCUGUCAUGUGGCUUUUUCUGAAGAGUGGCUACCAUCUGGCCACUCUACCAUAAAAGGCCUGAUUGGUGGAGUGCUGCAGAGAUGGUUGUCCUUCUGAAAGGUUCUCCCAUUCCCACAGAGGAACUCUGGAGCUCUGUCAGAGUGACCAUCAGGUUCUUGGUGACCUCCCUGACCAAGGCCCUUCUCCCCCGAUUGCUCAGUUUUGCCGGGCGGCUGGCUCUAGGAAGAAUCUUGGUGGUUCCAACCUUCUUCCAUUCAAGAAUGAUGGAGGCCACUGUGUUCUUGGGGACCUUCAAUGCUGCAGACAUUUUUUGGUACCCUUCCCCGCAUCUGUGCCUCGACACAAUCCUGUCGCAGCUCUACGGACAAUUCCUUCGAACUCAUGGCUUGGUUUUUGCACUGACAUGCAUUGUCAACUGUGGGACCUUAUCUAGACAGGUGUGUGCCUUUCCAAAUCAUGUCCCAUCAAUUGAAUUUACCACAGGUGGACUCCAAGUUGUAGAAACAUCUCAAAGAUGAUCAAUGGGAAACAGGAUGCACCUGAGCUCAAUUUUGAGUCUCAUAGCAAAGGGUCUGAAUACUUAUAUAAAUAUGGGUUUUCUGUUUAUUAUUGUUUAUAAAUUUGCAAAAAUUUCUACCAAGUUGUUUUCGCUUUGUCAUUAUGGGGUAUUGUGUGUAGAUUGAUGAGGGAAAAAUGUAUUUAGUCCAUUUUAGAAUACGGCUGUAAUGUAACAAAAUGUGGAACAAGUCAAGGGGUCUGAAUACUUUCCGAAUGCACUGUAUAAAACACAACCACAUUUUUGACUGCAAUUUCUUUAAUGAACUUUAAAACUAAACAUUUUCUCUCAACAGUCAAAUCUCGCUUAGGGCCCCUAAAAGGCUAGAGGCGGCCCUGGCCUGGCCCUAGUGGUCAUACAUACAUAAUAGGACCUUUAUUCUGUAUUCUGAAUUGACGUGGAAUUUGAUGAUUCUUUCUUAUCGUUUUAAUGGAAAAACUAUUUUUAAAAUGUCAGUUUAACCCUUUAACUGGCACACAAAUAAAAAAAUAUCAGAAAAUGUAUUUUUCGGCAAAAUUUGUAUGUAUCCUCAGUAUAGGCCAUCAAUUAUUUUUGUUUUGUUUGCAUGACUUAAACUUUGAUAGAUAAUGCAUCACAAACAUCUCAACCAGCCGGUUGUUGCCCAAUUAGCGUAAACUCGUUUUAUAUUGGAAUUUGUAUAGACUUUUUAAAUAAUCUCAAAAGUGAUACAUGCUUCAUUUACUUACAAUGGAAGUUAGGCAAAGUUAAAUUAGGACUGAUAUCAAAUAUUAAUAAAAUGAUACAUUUGUGUCAAAAUAUGAAUAUUAGAAUGCAUGUAAAUGAAUGCGUUUACAGUUUAUAUGCUUAGAAUAACAGUACAAUUAUAUGUACUGAAUGAUAUUGUGAAACAUAUUGAAGAUAAGUCAUACAGUGAAUAAUGAUAUGGAUUUGAAAGGAUUUUUGUAUUUGCAUAGAUUUAAAAAAUCCCAUAAUAUUUCGCCAUUGUCCAUUACCACUAGCUUUGACUUAAUAGCAUUACUUUAAUGGGCAUCUCAACCGACUGGUAGAGGCAUGUUUUUCAAGAGUUCCUAAAAUUGUAAAACAACAACAUAUUAGUUAUUUAAUCAUUCUGGUCAACCGCCCGGUUGAGCUGCCUGUUAAACGUUAAGCAAAAUUGUCCAUUUGUCACAUCCCUAGUGUGUAACAUGGUUUAGAUCCAUGCUUAUGCAUUCUAUAAAAAAACAUUUUUAUUCUGUGUUGUCAUAGGGCUGCGUGGAUUGAUAAGUGUCGGCCUGACAUCCUCAUCUCAGAGUCUACCUACGCCACCACCAUCCGUGACUCAAAGAGGUGCAGGGAGAGGGACUUCCUGAAGAAAGUACAUGAGACAGUGGAGAGAGGAGGAAAGGUGAGGACCACCACACAAGUUUCUUCCGUCCAUAUAGCUCAUUCUGUCUCUCUAGAACUAGUGCCUAAUGGAGGAAAUGUUGUGCUCUCAGGUUCUGAUUCCGGUCUUUGCCCUGGGAAGAGCUCAGGAACUGUGUAUUCUAUUGGAAACAUUCUGGUAAGAUUUUGAUUCCGAGUCAAUUUCCGAGUUCAAUUAGCAUUGUGAUCCUAGUGUCCUUUUGAUAAGAUGGCAUUAACUUUGUGUUGAUUUGAUGUUAGGCAAUUCAGAGAAUGAUUUGACAGUAACACUCUCCUCUCCUUCCAUAGGGAGCGGAUGAACAUGAAGGCUCCCAUCUACUUCUCCACGGGGCUCACAGAGAAAGCCAAUCACUACUACAAACUCUUCAUCACCUGGACCAAUCAGAAGAUCAGAAAAACCUUUGUACAGAGAAACAUGUUUGAGUUCAAACACAUCAAGGCCUUUGAUCGCUCCUACGCAGACAACCCUGGACCAAUGGUGCAGAAACAUCAUCAUAUUUUUGCAUGCUACUACCAUAACAUUACUUUACAGUUGCAACAUGAAUGUAUAAUUAGGCAUUGAUAUGCUUUAGAUACAGACAUUUCCAAUCAUUUGUACAUUAUACAGUGGGGGAAAAAAGUAUUUAGUCAGCCACCAGUUGUGCAAGUUCUCCCACUUAAAAAGAUGAGAGAGGCCUGUAAUUUUCAUCAUAGGUACACGUCAACUAUGACAGACAAAUUGAGAAAAGAAAAUCCAGAAAAUCACAUUGUAGGAUUUUUAAUGAAUUUAUUUGCAAAUUAUGGUGGAAAAUAAGUAUUUGGUCACCUACAAACAAGCAAGAUUUCUGGCUCUCACAGACCUGUAACUUCUUCUUUAAGAGGCUCCUCUGUCCUCCACUCGUUACCUGUAUUAAUGGCACCUGUUUGAACUUGUUAUCAGUAUAAAAGACACCUGUCCACAACCUCAAACAGUCACUCUCCAAACUCCACUAUGGCCAAGACCAAAGAGCUGUCAAAUGACACCAGAAACAAAAUUGUAGACCUGCACCAGGCUGGGAAGACUGAAUAUGCAAUAGGUAAGCAGCUUGGUUUGAAGAAAUCAACUGUGGGAGCAAUUAUUAGGAAAUGGAAGACAUACAAGACCACUGAUAAUCUCCCUCGAUCUGGGGCUCCACGCAAGAUCUCACCCCGUGGGGUCAAAAUGAUCACAAGAACGGUGAGCAAAAAUCCCAGAACACACGGGGGGACCUAGUGAAUGACCUGCAGAGAGCUGGGACCAAAGUAACAAAGCCUACCAUCAGUAACACACUACGCCGCCAGGGACUCAAAUCCUGCAGUGCCAGACGUGUCCCCCUGCUUAAGCCAGUACAUGUCCAGGCCCGUCUGAAGUUUGCUAGAGUGCAUUUGGAUGAUCCAGAAGAGGAUUGGGAGAAUGUCAUAUGGUCAGAUGAAACCAAAAUAUAACUUUUUGGUAAAAACUCAACUCGACGUGUUUGGAGGACAAAGAAUGCUGAGUUGCAUCCAAAGAACACCAUACCUACUGUGAAGCAUGGGGGUGGAAACAUCAUGCUUUGGGGCUGUUUUUCUGCAAAGGGACCAGGACGACUGAUCCGUGUAAAGGAAAGAAUGAAUGGGGCCAUGUAUCGUGAGAUUUUGAGUGAAAACCUCCUUCCAUCAGCAAGGGCAUUGAAGAUGAAACGUGGCUGGGUCUUUCAGCAUGACAAUGAUCCCAAACACGCCGCCCGGGCAACGAAGGAGUGGCUUCGUAAGAAGCAUUUCAAGGUCCUGGAGUGGCCUAGCCAGUCUCCAGAUCUCAACCCCAUAGAAAAUCUUUGGAGGGAGUUGAAAGUCUGUGUUGCCCAGCGACAGCCCCAAAACAUCACUGCUCUAGAGGAGAUCUGCAUGGAGGAAUGGGCCAAAAUAGCAGCAACAGUGUGUGAAAACCUUGUGAAGACUUACAGAAAACGUUUGACCUGUGUCAUUGCCAACAAAGGGUAUAUAACAAAGUAUUGAGAAACUUUUGUUAUUGACCAAAUACUUAUUUUCCACCAUAAUUUGCAAAUAAAUUCAUUAAAAAUCCUACAAUGUGAUUUUUUGGAUUUUUUUUUCUCAUUUUGUCUGUCAUAGUUGACGUGUACCUAUGAUGAAAGUUACAGGCCUCUCAUCUUUUUAAGUGGGAGAACUUGCACAAUUGGUGGCUGACUAAAUACUUUUUUCCCCCACUGUAGAUACUAUUCUUCUUACCCCAGUGAAUAUUCUACAUAGUCACUGUAGACCCGUUAUUAUUAGGUUUACCCAUUUUUUUUACCUUUAUUUAACUAGGCAAGUCAGUUAAGAAUAAAUUCUUAUUUACAAUGACGGCCUACACCGGCCAAACCCGGACAACGCUGGGCCAAUUGUGCGCCGCCCUAUGGGACUCCCAAUCACAGCCGGUUGUGAUACAGCCUGGAAUCGAGCCAGGGGGUCUGUAGUGACGCCUCAAGCACUGAGAUGCAGUGCCUUAGACCACUGCGCCACUCGGGAGCCCAUGAAAUUGGGUUGGAACAGAUAGUGUGCUACUUUCUUGAAUUGUAUAUUUUUUAUAUUUUUAUAAAUUCAAUUAUUGAAAUAUCACUACUGAAAAGUGUGUGUGUUCCCUCAGGUGGUGUUUGCCACCCCAGGAAUGUUGCAUGCUGGUCAGUCUCUACAGAUAUUCAAGAAGUGGGCUGGCAACGAGAAGAAUAUGGUGAGUCCCAUUUAAGAUCUAUACCGUAAAACUUCAAUUAAAUGGCAUGUCUCAAAUAGCCGCUGGGUCUAAAUGAAUUGUUUACGAGGUUAUCAUGAAUUACCAUGAAUUGUUUACAAGGUUUAAUGUUUGAUUUGUUACAUUAAAGGUGCACUAUGCAGAAAUCACGCUGCCUUUUCCUGUUUGCAAAAAUUCUAAUAGUUCGCAUAAUUUCAUUUUGUGACAAAAUAAGCAAGUAUAGUGUAGAGAAUCAUUGUAACAUCUAAACCGGUGUGAAAUAUAUUUUCCAUAACCAAAAAUAUUGUAUUUUUAGCUGUUUGAAGCUGGUGUACAAAACCGAAAGUAAAAGACAAAAAAAAAAAGAACGGGAAGCAUAGAAGUGCGCACAUAGAACAGAUCUACCGCUUCUUAGACUUGCUUUCAAUGACAGUGACAGAUCUAUAACUAACUGGCAAGCACAAAAAGUCAAUUUCUGGAGGACAGACCCCCAGAAAUUGGCCAAUCACCCUCUACUGGCGAAAGUAAGAACUGCCAAAAAAUGCACAGUCAAAGAGGAGAAUAAUUAUUCUGUGAAGGAAAAGGGUUUUUUAUUUGAUUGAUUUUUUAGGCAUACUAAGACAAACAUGACAAAGUGUGUAAAUAAGAAUACAUAAGUGCAGGAUAUCAAGAAAUUGAUUAAAAUGCUGGAAGUGAAUGCUGGAAUUAAACAAAUUACUAUGCAAAUUAGCAAAAGCUGUGUGCAUUAAGGAAAUAGACACCUGGCUCAAAUAGAAGCCUGUCUCUAGUAAGUGCCUGCUGUGUUCAGUGAUUUAAGCAAAUAAAUGCCUGGGCUAUUAAUUGAAGUUUUACGGUAGAUUACAGAGCUAUUUUUGCGAAGUUGGGGAGAAAAACAAUUCUACUUUUCAUUUUCUGUUUAUCAGAUCAUCAUGCCUGGGUAUUGUGUACAAGGCACCAUCGGACACAAGAUCCUGAAUGGUCAAAAGAAACUGGAGAUGGAAAAUAGACAAACGGUAAUGCAAGAUGAGAUUGUAUUUAACUUUAUGUAUCAUCAUGAUGUUACUGCAGUAAUAGAUAUCAAAUGGAUACAUUGAAAUUGAGAUCAGUGAGCCAACCUGCUGAGGUUUGUCUGGUAACCCUUGACCUUGUCCUCUGUCUGUGACCCCUGCAGUUGGAGGUGAAGCUGCAGGUGGAGUACAUGUCGUUCAGCGCCCAUGCAGACGCUAAGGGCAUCAUGCAGCUCAUCCGCAUGGCAGAGCCUCGCAACAUGCUGCUGGUGCACGGAGAGGCCAAGAAGAUGGAGUUCCUCAAGGACAAGAUUGAGCAGGAGUUCAGUGAGUGACACCAGUAUGUCCUUGUAACCAUAUCUGUUUCAAGAAUGUUAGGGCUUCAGAGAAAAGGAUUUAGAAUUGCAGUAUGUGCCACAUGUUUGAGGAGCACUGGGUAGUAUUUAGUAGUAGGGCACAGCAAAAUGUUUUGCAACAGAAAACAACAGUCUUCUUAUUAGACAAGCUCACGUUCCACCUCCCUCGUUUCAUUCCAUUUGAAAACGUUUUUUCCCCACUGAACACAGCCCUGGUAUUAUCCCUCAUCAGUCAUUCUAUGUGUGUUUGAAUGACAGGCAUCAACUGCUUCAUGCCAGCCAACGGUGAGACGACCACUGUGAUCACCAACCCCAGUGUCCCAGUGGACAUCUCACUCAACCUGCUCAAGAGAGAGAUGGCCCUUGGAGGUAUUUUUCAGUACACCUGAGUGAGUCUCGAUCUAUAUCACUCUCAGUUAAUGUGUGUGUUAUUCUGUGUGAAUUUUCACAGGCCCCUUACCUGACCCGAAGAAGCCUCGUACCAUGCAUGGGACCCUGAUCAUGAAGGAUAAUGUAAGUUCUGAAUUCCAUCAACUGCCAUGCAUACAAAAUAUACAUAUUCUGCUUUCUCUAUUGUUUAUGAUAUAAAACAUAAAACCAUGACCUUGCCUUGCUAAUUUAGAGGUUAGUAACAACGCGCAUGCCCCGUCCACCUGAGGAUCUGUCAUUUUCAGCCAUCUAUUUCCUGUGUUUGAGGGGUGCAGAAUCCACUUGUUAGUUAAAUCCCGCAGGAUUGAUUGCUUUGAUUUCACUCCUGCGACUCUAUUGUAUUCUUGCGUCUGCCUUUCGUGUUUUCCCGUUAACGUUACGACCGCGGAAAUGUUUGUAAUGACCUGUCAAACACACCCCGUUAAUGGCUGAAAUGGGCCUCAAUGAGAUACAUUGGCUUUCCAUUGAAUCUAUAAGAACGCUAAAGCUUCGUCUGGGAUUUAAUGCACCGUCUCGACACUUACAUCACAAGAAAGAAGAAAGAUAACUUUAUUUUGAUGGGUGUACAUGUUUUGUGGAAUUGAAAAAAGUAAUUUAAUACAGUUGACAAUUUUUCUAAUUAGAUGCGCUGAAAUGAAAGCAACGUCCGAAAAUGAACACUUGCAUCACACCCGUCGCUAUGGGCGGGCCAGAGGGGGCCGGGCCCGCCCCCAAAAAUGCUUCCCCCCCCCCCCCACUUGAGGGAAUUUAUUAUUAAAUAUACGUACUGUAGGCUAAUAAUAAUUGUGCCCUGCCCUCCCAUGCAUUUCAUAUGCCCCCCUUAAGACUGAGGUCUGGCGACAGGUCUGACUUGCAUAAUAGUGAAAUUAUGUCUGAUCUCGCAAACAAUGUAAAAUAUGUUUAGAUAGGUGUAAACUAGAGCCAAGUGUGUUGAUUUUUAAUCCGAGGGUAUCCUGUUAUUGACACACAUGUUGAAUUAUGCAAGAGAAUGUGACAACAACAGUAAUUAAUGAGGCAGGCUAGCCCGCGCAUGCGAGUGCAGGUAGUGUAGACAGAGCAAAUGUUUGGUGGUUGCAGCCCUGUUCCUCCCCUUUAUGUUAAUUUUUUCAUAUAUGCAAGUACACCCAGUGUAUUUAUUCAGAUGUGGCACAAAUGUCCUAAUUUUAACACACAUAAAAAAAAUUGCUGAUAAAAUAAGAAAAUGUAUACAAAAAAAUAAGUGACAUUUGACAUUGAAAUGAAUACCGGAAUUCCCACCAAAAUCACUGAACUCCAUUCAUUAUUUGUCCUUACCGGUAAAAUGUUUUAUGUGCUAUAAUUCAGUCGAUAUCUGAUAGAUGACAAAAAUUUAAAAAGUUUGGAGUAUCUUCAUGCAUUUUCCAAGAAUGUUGCAUUUAUUAGAAUUGUUUUUAAAACCUUAACAAUUUCGAUGAUCGUUCCUAAUGUUUGUAAUUCAGGAUGUUUUAUUCUCUGCCUUUGGCCUUGCCAGUUUUGACCUCUUGUUGCCCUUGCUUCACUUCUCCCCCAUUUGUUCCCCUGCUCUCUCUGGGUGUAGAGUCUUCGGCUGGUCUCUCCAGAGCAGGCUCUCAAGGAGCUGGGCCUCAACGAGCACCAGCUCCGCUUCACCUGCCGAGUGCAGCUCCAGGACUCACACAGUGACUCCGACACCCUCAUCAGGAUCUACACACACCUCAAGAGGUAAAGUAAGACAAAGUUGACCAUUUUUAUUGUGCUUUCAAGUUCUUAUUUGGGCAAAGCUUGGGCAUACAAUAUACAUGUAUCACAAAAAAAGAGUUACAGUAAGAAGACUAAUGUCAAUGAUUCAUUCUCCCCUUUCGCUCUGUAUUGUCUCUGUUCUAGUCUACUGAAAGGUUAUACCAUCCAGCACCUCCCAGACGGGACUGUCAUGGUGGAGUCCAUUGUGAUCAAGGUGUCCUCCUCAGCUGAAGAGCCCAACACCAAGGUGCUGCUGCUCUCCUGGAGCUAUCAGGUAAGGAGGACGGGUGUUGAAAAUAAGUGUGAGCUAUUGUGACAGACCACAGUGUCUACUUAGCACUAUAGCUUCCUCCCUGUCUGGGUACACUGUCCGUACAUGGCUUGAACCAGGGUCCUCUGCAUCGCAAACACACGUGACCGUCCGUUCGACAACGUACUAGCCAGUUGCGCCACUGAAAAGCUAGCAAUUCAGCAAUGUGAGUGGAAACAGUUCAAGUUUUGGAGGGUGCUUACAGUACUAUCUGAACCCUGUUGCACUAUACACAUUAGGGCUCCUUGCAACGGAUGGAGAGUACAGCCCACAAACUUAAAGAGUCCUGUGGUUUCUAAACUUUGCUUCUUGACUCACCAUCGCCAUAUCCUGUGACGCACUUCUAUUUAUCUGACCAAAAACAUCUAGCUAUAGUAGUGCAUGUAGCGACCACAAGCCAUAACCUUUCCGUAUCUAACACUUUUUAGAUAAACACUGUAAAAUGUCAAUGAUAUGAUAUGAUAUGAUCGAAAUACAAUUUAAGUUAGUAUGUUUCAUGAUAGAGCAGAUUUACUAAUCACAACUCAAACUACUCCAUCACAUUCUCAGAUGUUCUGAGGUUUAUUUCAAUCCAAAUGCUGUCAACCUUGUGUUAUUUGUAGGAUGAAGAUCUGGGGAGCUUUCUGUCUACUCUGCUGAAGAAAGGACUUCCAUCAGGAUUGUCUUCAAUAUGAUCCCAUUGUUCAGUGUAGCUUUCUGUAAAGGUUAAUCUGUCUGUUGUACAAAGCUGAUUUGAAUACAUUGUUUUUUUAUAAAUAAAAGAAGAUUCUUGAAACCUCAUUUGUUAUGUUGUAUUAAUAUAAUUCAUGUUACUACAUUACCUAUCAAUAGUCAAAUGACAGUACAUUUUCAUGAUGUGUUUUUAAAAAGGGAAGAUGUAAAAGCAAUAUAAAAACAUUCUGCAAUGGUGUACAUAUAUGUAUGCAAAGGUUGGUGGUUUAUGAUGGCAAAAAAUUGCUUCACCAAUUGGCUUCAGAGUUUGUGAGCAGAAUAUAAAAAGCAGACAAUUACAUCAGCUGAUAGGAUACAGUUGGAACAGGUUUAUCCAAACCACUCACUGUCCCACAGCGAUGGUGUAGACCUCCCUAUUAAUCCCGGCCCACAUCCAUCUGAACCUGGCCAUGGAGGGACUCCACUUACAGUGACUAGUGGUGAAGUAGUAGAGCAGGGGGUCCAGACAGCUGUUGAGGCUGACCAGAGCCAGGGUCACACGCCGGGCAUUGUAGAUGGCAUUGGCAUAGGGACAGUGAUGGAUGGCCCCUCGACGGCGGAGCAGGUGCAGGAAGUGAACCACAUGGUAUGGCAGGAAGCAGAGCAGGGUGAUAGCCAGGAUGGUGUAGAUGACCCUCAGGGCUCCACGGGCCGUGUUGGUCCGGAUGAGAGCGAUGCGCCGUGCCACCAGAGG